AUGACUACUCUCAAGGCUGGUGACGCUUUCCCCGGUGACGUGGUGUUCAAGUAUAUCCCAUGGACCGAGGAAAGUGAUGAUAUCACUUCCUGUGGCAUUCCCAUCAACUACAAUGCAUCCAAGGAGUGGGCCAACAAGAAGGUCGUUCUAUUCUCCGUGCCCGGCGCCUUUACCCCCACCUGCUCCGUCAACCACAUGCCGGGCUACAUCCAGAACCUGCCCAAGCUCCGCGAGAAGGGAGUCGACAUUGUCGCCGUGCUCGCCUUCAACGAUCCCUUUGUCAUGAGCGCCUGGGGCAAGGCUAACCAAGUCCAGAACAACGAGAUUCUCUUCCUGUCGGACCCCGAUGCCAAGUUCUCCAAGAGCAUUGGUUGGGCCGACAAUGCUUCCGGUCGCACCGGUCGCUACGCCAUUGUUGUUGACCACGGAAAGGUCCGAUAUGCCGAUAUUGAGACCGAGAAGGGUGCUGUCAAGAAAUCGAGUGCCGACACCGUUCUGGCGUCACUGUAA